CUGACAGGGAGUUUAUUACAAGUUAUUACAACUGGCUAAUACGUUAACAGAAACUGUUAACUAAACAAGUAAAUAGUGUAUAUAGAAGUAGUAAUCACUUAAAACUAUCGCCGAUGCAUCCUGAACCCCUCGAAUCCGGUGAGGUGGAAGAAGAAAGUGGUGAGGAGUCCAGUAUGACCCUGCAAGCUGGAGAUGUUGACAUCGCGUUCAGCAAUAUUUCUGCAACUUCCAGUAAACUAGAAGUCGACAAACUCAUACAAGCCCAACAACAAGAGGAAAAGGACUCUGGUCCAAGAAUGACAAAGACAUUUCUGAAGGACCACUGCAAGCAAAAUAAACUCUACAUGACACCUCGAUUGAAUGACACACUGUAUUUGCACUUCAAAGGCUUCUCCACCAUAGAGAAUCUGGAGGAGUACACAGGGCUGAAGUGUCUCUGGCUGGAGUGCAACGGACUGCAGCGCAUCCAGAAUUUGCAGGCCCAAACAGACCUACGCUGCCUCUUCCUCCACCAGAACCUCAUACACAAUCUGGAGAACUUAGAACCACUCAGCAAGCUCUGCACCCUCAAUGUCUGCAACAACUACAUACGCACCAUUGAAAACAUUGCCUGCCUGCCUGAUCUGGGCACCUUGCAGAUAGCCCAUAAUAAGCUGCAGACAGUGGGAGACGUGGAGCAUCUGAGUCAGUGCCUCUCCCUCAGUGCACUGGACAUGUCCCACAACCUGCUGGAUGACCCAGACAUCCUCACUGUGCUGGAGAGAAUGCCUGAACUGCGCGUGCUGAACCUGAUGGGAAAUGAAGUGAUAAAGAAAAUCCCAUACUACAGGAAGACUAUGAUCAUACAUCUCAAACAGCUCACAUACCUGGACGACCGACCUGUGUUCCCAAAGGACAGGGCGUGUGCGGAGGCGUGGGGGACAGCGGGUCCGGAGGGGGAGCGCAGGGAGAGGGAAUCAUGGCAAACACGAGAGAGAAGGAAGAUCCAGGACAGUCUGGACACCAUGGCAACCAUCAGAGACCAAGCCAUGGAGAAACUGCGACUCAGAGAGCUGCAAGAGAGAGGGGAGUAUGAGACCACUACAACUCCAGAACUUGAGAGCCCCAGUAAAAAGAACCAGAGGCAGAAUCAGAGCCCAGGCUGGGAGGAGAGGAUCCAGGCGUUUGUGGAGGACAGUCUGGAGGCCCAUGAAGAGUUCCUACAGACACAGAGAGAACAGACAGAAAAGGAAGAGCUAGGCAAUGAACAGCCACUGAAGAAGCAGCUAGACAGAGAACAACCAGAAUCCGGAGGGAGAUCGGCUAGAGAGAGAGCACCAAGAGGGAGAUCGGCUAGAGAGAGACCACCAAGAGGGAGAUCAGCUAGAGAGAGAGCACCAAGUGGGAGAUCAGCUAGAGAGAAAGCACCAAGUGGGAGAUCAGCUAGAGAGAAAGCACCAAGUGGGAGAUCAGCUAGAGAGAGCGCACCAAGAGGGAGAUCAGCCAGAUGGAGAGCACCAAGAGGGAGAUCAGCCAGAUGGAGAGCAAGCAACAGAAGAAAGCUUAAAGGAAGAACUGUUAGAGUUAAACCAGUCAAGGAGAGAACAACUACAAAGAAGGAGAGUGUAUUUAAUUUGGGUCAGCUGUGUUAUGUCUGAAUUGACCAUCUGUGUUUCCAGCGAGUAUUCCGGCCAAUGAUAGAGGUCGUUUCAGGAGACAACAACGAUGUAGAUCCAAUCAUACAUCAGAGUGGGACAGUGUGGACCACAGAGACCACAUCUACCUCAGGUCCAUGCUCAUCUUCACUGUUCAGGGUCUGUGACAAAAUGUCAAACAAAUCGCCCACCAAUCACCUAGUAGCAUUGGACCCAGAGGUGGGGGAUGCCCCAGAACCUCAGGGAGAACCCAGACAGAGGCAGAGCCCUGAAGCCAGCAAACCAGGUUGUCUCAUUGAGGAGCUGGACUAACCCUGCAGAAGGCUUUGAUAGCAUUAACAACACUAGGUUUAGGUGUUCAAUCUGGGAAAGCCUUGUUUUGCUGAAGACGGGUACAAUGUAAGCACAGAGAGAUGCUGUGGAGCUAUUUCGCAGCCAUGGGUUUACACCCAACACAUUUUCCACUCAAAACAAUGUUUUUUUUGUUCGUUUUUCCUAGCUGUUCUAUUACUGGUUAUACUUUAUAUUCUGUAUUCUCAGGCUCAGUGUUUUGAAUUAAGUGUUCAUGAACUGCAUUCAAAUCCAUUCCAAGAUAAUCCCAGGCAGAUUAUAGCCAGGGCUCAUAAAAUAAAACAUUAUAGUACAGUAUGGGGAAUUUGUCUCGGUGCUUGUUACACAAAUACUUUAAAUAUACCACUAGGUGGCACUUAAGUACCAAAUAUGCAAUACCCCCUUGCUCCUAAUUUUUUUACCUUUAUUUAAAUAGGCAAGUCAGUUAAGAACAAAUUCUUAUUUUCAAUGACAGCC